GGGCGAGAGCCAGCUAUGCAAGUCACUAUCAUCAUCAUCAUCGUUUUCUGUUGGCGGAGAUAGACUACGCUGUAGAGAAGACGACGACGGACAGCGAUUUGUCAGUGUUCUCAGCAUCUUUCAUAAGCAAGCCUCAGCUGGAAGUGAGAUGGCUAAAACGCGGAGCACACCAUCGGCGAAUACCGAGGGGGCAUCGACGAGCGCGGCGACGAGCGCCGUGAGUACCUCAUCAAGAACAACGGCAUCAGCGACAGAGUCACGGCCGAGCAUCAGCCGCGGCCAGAGCAGCAGCGCCGGCUCCAGCAGCACUGGAUCCAGCAGGUCCAGGGCCACUCGCAGUCGGAGCACAGUCAGCCGGAGACGUUCGGCAUCUAUAGGGCUCGUCGACUGUGUUACAACAUUAGGGCCAAGUUCCCUACAAGGCUGGCCGCUAGACUGUCCGGUGUGCCCCACCCGGAAAGACACGCUGCAUUGUAUACCACUGGCUCGCGAUGUUACAGUUCCCUGAUGACAGUGUCACGACUGUCGAGUUCAAUCGCGAGCCAGUGGACAGCGACAUCGUCGCCACCAUGCAGACCAUGAGCCCGGGACAUGCCGAGAAGAUCGCGGAAACCAAGGUGCUCGAGUACCAACUGCAGGCCCCGUACUUCACUCGAGUAAAGGUGGCGAACGCCAUGGCAGCGAUGUCCUCCAUGGGCAAGUACCAUAUAACAGAUAAUAACUGCCAGUCGACGCUCAAGGCCUUUCUGAGGUACCUCGGUGUUCGUCUACCAAAAGGGGUCAAGGAGCUGAAAAAGAUGCUGAGCCCGGACAGAGCGCAGAGCCUGGUGACGGCGUUCGAGAAAAGCGUUGCGCGCUGA